UUUAUUGUGCCAACUGUGUGCAAUCUGGUGCCGUGAGACCUCUGGACAAAUAUACGGAUUCCAUGGGCAAACUCGAGAAGUUGGGAAGAAGUCUGCUGAAAAAGCUGCGCAGCUCGUCGAGCCGGCGUGAUAACGUGCCAACAUCAAGCUCAAGCUCCUCGGAUUCCGACGAGUACGUACACAAGUUUCAAGUGGUACCGCCAGAAACUUUAGAUGAUCGUGUGGGCUCACCAGGUGCAGGCUCAGAUGAGGGCUCCGCCGGGUACGCUACCGACGACACUGUGAUGAGCUCUCUGAGCCCGCUGGACAUCAAGCGUGAAUCGGUUGAUUAUUCAGAAUCCCAAGGGUACUAUUCAAAUGCUGAGCUGUCGCCGGGUACGGUACCUGCACAUCUAAGUCCAAGACAAUUGAGCCCUACGGUACCUUCAGAGGGAUACGAGAUUCCGAUUGAGCGGAGGGUUACGGUACCUGUCCAGAAACCUAAAGAACCUGCACAUCUAACUGAAAACACACCUGUCCCCAGAAUCCCAGGGGUUACUGUAGAAGACCCUGCACAUCAAACUACAAGUCUACGGAAUACUGUACCUUUGCGUCAAUUUUCAAACCAGAGGAGUACUGUACCGUUGAAGGAACCUGCACGUCAAACUACAAGGAGCGCUGUACCCUCCCCGACGGUCCCCAAAAUUAUUACUGUACCAGAACCUGCACAUCAAACUGACAGCCAGAGGGUGACUGCACCAUCCCCAGUACCUAGAAUCCUGGGGGUUACUAUACCCGAAUCUGCGCAUCAAACUCAAACUCUGAGGAGUGCUGUACACACCCCUACGGUACCCAAGAUUCUUGGGGUUACUGUACCAGAACCUUUAAGGAGUACGAUACCCGGGAUUACUGUAGAUCUUGUGGACCCUGUCCCUCGUACCACGCACUACAAAAAACAGGAUUUUCCAAAAAUCAAUAUCCGCAACCGGCACCACCCUAUCUACAAAAGUUCGAACCAACUUUUGGCGGCGGCGGCAGAGAGCAAUUUGAAAUUUCCCGCAAAAAUUGAACGGGCGGCGACUUUAUCCAAUUUGGCAGCUGAGCCGGAAGAUGAGGAUCCUAUUGAUAAAUUUAUGAGAUCACACAUCUACAAAACAAAAAUGAUCACCACGGUUUUUGAGGCCAAAGAUCGGGGAUUUGAGGAAAUCGGUGAUGACGUCAUUCACGAGAUAGACCGCUGGUUUGAAACUAAAAACAUGAUGGCAGUGGCAUGUGAGCUCCACUGGUCAGUGCCACGUGAAAAACGGAGCCGCCAGCUGGAAUGUCGGCUCAAGGAAAAGCUUCUGCAGGCUCUGCGGGAAAAUAACAAACGGCUUCUGUACCUACGUGGCAUGGGACAUGGAAAGACACCAGUGAAGCUUGCGGAGAGCAGUACGGUGGAGAAUAUUUCAAAGGAUCGGGAGACGGAUUCUGUUAGGGGAAUCUACCAACGGAGCUACACCCGGCUACUCCCCUAUCUUCACAAAGAGACACCGGAAUGGCAUUCCCAGUAUUGGACCCUACAAGAUCUAGAAAAAUCUGAUGAUGUGGAAUCUCCCAACUACCCAAUUCAACCGAAUCCUCAAAAAUUCCUAUUUGACACGGAGCCGGCCGAGGUUUUGGCAAAGAACUCCCUAAUUUCACUGAAUAUCAUUGGUUUAAGCAUUUUGGGAAACUCCAGGAAAUCAUGUGGAUCCUUGUUCCUACAGUAAUCUUGUACAGUACUUUUAUCGGGUUUUUGAUUGUGAAAAUUUUCAGAAAAAAAAUUCCAAAAAAAAAUUUUUUUUUUGAAAUUUUUUUUCGAAAAUUUUUUUUUGUAAAUUUUUUUAUGUAAAAAUUUAUUUUUUUUUGUAAAUCAUAAUGAAUAUUUU